AGCAGCGUACGAUCCAUCCAUCCAUCCACCGUACCUCUUGUACAAGUAGAAGUCCUGUUCCUUCCAUCCCCGUCCGGCGGCGGCGCGCGGGUGUCCCGGCCUCAAAUCUCCCUGGCCGGCAUGACCACCAAGAACAAGGUGGCGGCGCUGCUCCUCUGCUUCCUCGUCCUGGCCGCGAUCGUCUCCGCCGAGAUCAUCGAUGCCAAUGGUGUCGACGACGACGACGGUGGUGAUGAAGAGCAGCUAGACAAAGGCGGCAGCGGCGGCCACCACAACCACAAGGGCCACAACAAGGAUGGCAAGGGAAACCUGAAGCCCUCUCAGUGCGGCGGGGAGUGCAAGCGGCGAUGCUCCAAGACGCACCACAAGAAGCCGUGCCUCUUCUUCUGCAACAAGUGCUGCGCCAAGUGCCUGUGCGUGCCGCCGGGCACCUACGGCAACAAGGACACCUGCCCCUGCUACAACAACUGGAAGACCAAGAGAGGAGGUCCCAAAUGCCCAUGAUGCAUGCAUGCAUGCAUGGGCCUUUCUUCCUGUUCCAGCUUCCUGUUCAUUCUCCAGCCACGCCGGCCCGCCCAUGUCUUCUAUUCCUUCCUGGACAAUAGUAGUACCUAGGAAUAAUAGCAGGUUCUUGUUUCAGAGUAGGAUCCAGUUUGUUUGGGCCUUAAAACCUCAUAGUAUCCUCUGAACUCAAACAAAAAAAAAGCAAUAUGGAGGAUUAUUCCAAAAAAAAAAAAA